AUGCUUUCGAGUGUCUCAUUGAGCCGCAAGAGAAAGCUUUCGGACCCUCCGCACUCUUCCUCCGAGCCCAAGAAACAGCUGCUUCCAACUGUUGCCUCGCUGUACAAUCUGGAUCCCGCUGCUACUGGCCCCCAGCAAAUCGAGCUUCGGAGAAAAGUCUGCCUUCGAGUGGGUCGGUCCAAGAAAAACGAUAUUGUUCUCGCUCCGGCGGACUGUUCAACGCAUCACUGUGAAAUCGGUGUGAGCCACCUCAAUGGAAAAGACAUAAUCUAUCUCAAGGACCUCAGCUCGAACGGCACCUUUGUGAACGGACUUCUCGUUGGUAAGGACAAUACCUGUCUGAUUCGAUCUGGGGACAAGAUUUCUUUUGCUGCUGAAUGCCACUAUAUUUUGAAGUACCAGGCAAGUUUUACCGUCAAGAGCGCACGAAGGCCUGGAACUGGCUCCUUCUACGAUAGCUACGUGAUUGGUGAGCUGCUGGGGUGCGGGCAUUAUGCGCAGGUCAAAGAGUGCGUUCGGAGAAGCACGGGAGAAUCCUGUGCGGUCAAGAUCUUCAAUCCAACUCGCAAAGACGCCAGUUGGGCCACCUCGCUAAAUAGGGAGCUGGACAUCCUCAUGAAGAUCGACCAUCCGAACAUCGUUCGAUCGUACGAAACGUUUGUGGAACCGUAUGACGCCAAUACCAUGACCACAUACUUGGUGUUGGAGAAAGUGAAUGGCGGCGAGCUCUUCAACAGAAUCGUGUCCAAGGGCAAGCUUCGCCAGAACGAGACAAAAGCACUCAUGAGCCAGUUGGUGAAAGGCCUUGAGUACCUCCACUCGCUGGACAUUGCACACAGGGACCUGAAGCCGGAGAAUAUUCUUUUGGACAUAACACUCAAAAAGCACGACUCCGACAAGCAGACAGGGCCUUGGGACUCUCACGAGCUUGAUGUCAAGGUGAAAAUUGCAGAUUUCGGCCUCGCCAAGUUCAUUGGAGCAACAAAGUUUACCAACACGCUCUGCGGGACGCCCGCAUACGUUGCGCCUGAGGUGCUCGUGAACUCGACGGAGCGCAAAUACACCAAAGCCGUCGAUAUGUGGUCCAUUGGGGUGCUGAUAUACGUGUGUCUUUGCGGUUUUCCUCCCUUCAGCGAGGAGCUGGGCCCACCGUCGAUGCGGCAGCAGAUCAUCGAGGGUAGGUACGCUUUUUACUCGCCGUACUGGGACGAUAUCGAGGACUCUGCCCUCGACUUGAUCUCGCGACUUCUGGUUGUGGAUGCCACCAAGAGACUCGAAGUCUCCAAAGCGUCCAAGCAUGUUUGGUUCAAUGAGGUGCGACCGAAGACGGAUGUGAUGCAAACAGCAUUCAAGGGCAGCAGAGCACCGGUCACACGAGGCUACUCCAACCCAAUAAUGCUGGCAGAACGCGUCAAAAGCUCGCUCGGCGACGACACCCUUGCACGCGCCUACAGUGCAGAUGUCGACAUGGCUUAA